AUGGGGAUAUUCUUGUUGACAAGGAAGUCGAAGUCGAAGUGGGAGAAGAAGCAGCAGCAGCAGCAGCAACAGGGCUCCGCUGCUGCCUCCGACCAGCCCCCGGCCAACCCGCCGCCCAAAGAGGGCGAAUGGCCGUGCGAUUCCCCGUCAGAAAAGGAUGUUGCCCCGGUGACCUGGGCCGAUCUUGCCCUGACGCCGGCGGCCACCCAGACACGUCCUCCAUCCUCCGCCGAGGAGCAGGCGAAGGCCGCGGCGGAUCGGGCGCAGCAGAGGGGCCUGAAGGCCUGCAAGGACUUCUUCGCCAAGAAGGACGGCUCCGACGACGGGGAAGAGGAGGAGGACUCCAUGGAUGAGGACGAGGAGGUCGGGGAGGGAGAUUUCAAGUUCUUCUUGGGGCUUUUCGAGAGCGUUGGGGAGUUGCGGGAGUAUUAUGAGAAGAACCGGGAGAAGGGAGACUUCAGCUGCUUGGUUUGUGGGGCGAUCGGGGUGAAGAAAUGGAAGAGGUUCGGGGACUGCGUUGGGCUCAUCCAGCACUCAAACUCGAUCUCGAAGACGAAGAGGAAGAAAUGGAAGAGGUUCGGGGAAGCGCACCGGGCAUUUGCGAGGGCUGUGUGCAGAGUGCUUCGGCGGCGGACAAUCCAGAAGCGGCAGAGGCGGAGAUGGCGGGGAUCAUGAGGAGGCGACAGCGGCCACGGCGAUGGCUUCGGCGG